GGCGGAGUACCGAGAGCCGGCUGGCCCGGAGCAUGGCGCGGGAGCUGAGCCAGGAGGCCGUGCUGGAUUUCCUCUGGGGGGCCGGGGGCAGAGCCCCCAACACGGCGCUGCUCCGCCACUUCCAGCCCUUCCUCCGCGACCCGGCGCUGACGGAGCAGCAGCGGCGGGAGCGCCGCGAAUAUUUCAAGAGCCUCGUCAAUUCCCUGGCCACCGUCCACCCCGCCGCCGCGCCCGGCGCCUCCAAGGACAUCGUCCUCCGCCGCAGGUACCGCGACCUCCUCGACGAGGAGCUGCCGCCGCCGCCGCCGGAGGAACGGCAGGAGCGGGACAAGGAGGAGGAAGAAGAGAAAGAGCCGCCGCCGCCCCGCCGCGACCCCGACCGGCGGCGCGGCCCCCCGGGGGAGGUGGCGGAGAAGACGCGGCCCGCCGGGGGACAGCCCCCGAGGGCCGCCGUCGCGGGGGGCUGCGCCGCCCGGGGCCGCGGCGGACCCUGCUGCGACCGCCCCCUUACCGGACCCGGCCGCUCUCCUCGGGCCCCUGGGCGCUUCGCCCCGACGGGCCGCCGCGCUCCCGGCCCCCGGCGCUGCCGUCGGGUCCUGGGGCGCUGCCCCCCGCCGGGCCGCCGCCACGGUCCCGAUCGCCGCCGCUGCCCCCCGCCGGGCCGCCCCCAUACCGGAGCCUGCAGCCGCCCUCCGACAGACCGUCCCGGUCCCGGUCCCCACCGCUGCCCGGGGUGCUGCCUCGCACUGGGUCGGCCCCGUUCGGGUCCCUGCCGCCGCAACGCCCUAGAGGGCCGCCCCCCCCCCCAGUCCCCGCCACUGCCAUCGAGCCCCGGGGCGCUGCCCCCUGACAGGCUGCCGCGGCCCCGGUCUCCGCCACAGCCCCCCACCGGGAUGCCUCCACUGAAGGCCCCACCACCCUCAGCAGGCCCGGGGGGGCGGCCCCCCGCCGGACCAUCCCAGUCCCCGCUGCUGUCAUGGGGCCCCAGGGUGCUGUCCCCCACCGAGCUGCCCCUAACGCGGUCCCCGGGGCCACCCCCCUGCCGGUGCCCGCCGUUGCUGUCCGCCCCAGGGGUGCUGCCCCUCUCGCGGUCCCUGCAGGUACUCCCCGCCGGGCCCUCCCCAACCCCACCGCUUUCAUCGGGCCCAGAUGUGCUACCGGCCACCAGGCUGCCUCCAUCACAGUCCAGGUCCCUGCAGCAGCUCCCCACCUGGUCAUCCCCACCCCCGCCGAGGAGAUCCAAGGUGCUGACCCCCAACGGACCAACCCGAUCUCAAGCCCUGCUGCUGCACCCGUACCAAACCCUGCCGCUGCCGUCAGGUCGCGGGCUGCAGCCACCCCCAUCCCGAUCCCCACCGCAGUCCCCCGCCCAGCCAGCCCGGUCCCGCUCCCUGCAGCCACCCCCUGCUGGGCCACCCCCAUCCCAGUCCUUGCUGCCGGCACAGUGCCCCGCCGGGCCCCAAGCCCCAGACAGCAGCCCCCCAGCACGGCUGCCUGUCUUCAGGAGCAUCAGGUGCCAGCUUGCUUUGCUGGAGGUGCAGGGCAUCCCCCCAUCGCUGCCGGAUGACUGCGGGCAGCAGCCCCGCACCAUGCCCUCCAAGAACUCCCUCAGGAAUGUCCCAAGCCGGGGGCUGUUGGUGCCACUGGGGCAGCGGGAGCACGCCUGGCUAGUGGCUAUGUCAGCGGGGUGCUGGGCUCGGGUGCGGGGGCUCUUCCUGGAAGAGCCGGAGCUGGCCCUGCAGCGGGACUUCAUGUCAGGCUUCACGGUCCUUCACUGGCUGGCCAAGCACGGUGAUGGGCCAGGCCUGCAGGAGCUGGCGGCAGCGGCACGGCAGGCUGGGCUGGCCCUGGACGUGGAUGCCCGCUCUGGCUGCGGGUACACUCCGCUGCACUUGGCUGCCAUACACGGCCACCAGCUCGUCAUCAAGGUGCUGGUGCUGCAGCUGGGGUGCCAGGUACAGGUGCGGGACAGCAGCGGGCGCCGGCCCUGGGAGUACCUGGGCAGCUCCACCUCGGGGGAGAUCUGGCAGCUCCUGGAGGCACCCCGAGGCACCAUUAUGUUCCCCACGCAGCCCCUGGCCCGCAGCGUGUCCUCUGCCAGCAAGGUCUCGCUGUCCGCUGGCAGGACAGCACUGCCUGCCUGCCUCAGGCCGCAGCACGGCCGUGGGGCAGACUCCCACCGAACAGGCAGCGAGAGUGACUGAGAGACAGCUCCCUGGCAUCCCCUGCCAGUGGAGAUGGGACCUUG